GGCCACACAGCCCGGAAAACCCACCCCAACCAGUUGAAUCCGGCCGCGAAAGCCUUUGACAAUAUCUCUGUUUUGUUUGUUUUGGUUUUGGAGCAAGUGGAAUGUUUGUUCUUCUAGACGAACGUUUGUUCCACGCGGGGGCCAACUUCCGGUUACCUGGGCGACUCUUCGUCACAAUGUUGCUCCUAACUGAGUCCCUUCGUUAGGUCCGGUGCUCACUUGUUGGAUUUUCUGCUGAUGUCCAGUUGCAGAAAUAUUAAUGGGAACUAUGGAACUUCAGAACCAUGGUUGGUUGCUGUUUUCACAAAGGGACAUUCGUCAUAGCUACCUCCACGAGUGUUGAGCUGCUGAGCUUCUCCCUCCUGGAGACGAGGAGGAACAUCUGCCCCACGGUGGAAGUCCCAGGUGGGAUAGGGGGAAGCCAUGCCCUGCCGACGUCGCUCCCAGGCAUCCAGCGAGACCCCACGAGAAGACCUCUUCUACCAAACCUACUACAGCUUGAGUCAACAGUACCCGCUGAUCCUCCUUUUACUGGUCAUUGUUCUGGGCAUCUGCAUAGCUCUGAUUGGCACAACGCUUGCCAGCGGCAGGGAUUUCUUGUCUAACCUGGGCUUCCUGAUUACAUUAUUCGCUUCUCUGCCUGUUUUUGGCCUCAUCUUGGUCCUCGUCUGCAUUGAGAGCGUCUUUCAGCAAUGCACCCGUGUCUUCUCUGCCGUCAUCUGGGUCUGCCUUAUUAUUAUGGGCUACGUCUUCGUCUUCACUGGAGGGGUGGUUACAGCCUGGGACCAGGUCUCCUUCUUCCUCUUCAUCAUCUUCACGGUCUACACCAUGUUGCCCAUCCGGAUGCAAGAGGCGGUGGGUGCCGGCUUGGCCUCCUCUCUCUCCCAUGUCAUUGUCCUGGGCGUCUAUCUCUCCACCAGGUGCAGCUCUGGGGCAGAGCUGGUCCUACAGCUCUUGGCCAACCUUGUCAUCUUCGUGUGCGGGAACUUGGUGGGGGCUUACCACAAGCACCUGAUGGAGGUGGCCCUGCAAGAGACCUUCCACGAGACCUUCAACCUUAUCCAGUCUCGGGUCAAGCUGGAGUCAGAGAAACGGCACCAGGAACACCUCCUCCUCUCCAUCCUUCCUGCCUACAUAGCCUUGGAGAUGAAGGCAGAGAUCAUAGAGAGGCUCCGGGACAGCGGCCAGGGACACCAGAGACAUGAGAACGCCAACAACUUCCACAACCUCUACGUGAAACAACACAAGAACGUCAGCAUUCUGUACGCGGACAUCGUUGGGUUCACCCUCUUAGCCAGUGAGUGCUCCCCGAAAGAACUAGUUUUGAUGCUCAACGAACUUUUUGGGAAAUUUGACCAGAUCGCCAAGGACAACGAGUGCAUGCGCAUCAAGAUCUUGGGUGACUGCUACUACUGCGUCUCUGGGCUGCCUGUCUCGCUUCCCAACCAUGCCCGUAACUGUGUCAAGAUGGGGCUGGAUAUGUGCCAAGCCAUCAAGAAGUUGUGCGACGCCACUGGUGUGGAUAUCAACAUGAGGGUUGGGGUCCACUCAGGAAACGUCCUGUGUGGGGUGAUUGGACUCCAGAAGUGGCAGUAUGAUGUCUGGUCAGACGACGUGACGUUAGCCAAUCACAUGGAAGCAGGAGGCGUGCCAGGGAGAGUGCAUAUCACAGAGGCCACCUUAUCACACCUGGAUGGGGUGUACGCAGUUGAGGAAAUUUGUUGCUGGCACCGUGACUCCUACUUGAAGGAGAACAAGAUCAGAACCUUCUUGGUCGUUGAUCCGAGGGCAGAAGAAAAAAACACCUACGCCACGCUGUCGCCUGUCUCCGAGGAAGGCUACAAAAUGAGGGCUUCCGUCCGGAUGACUCGCUACCUGGAGUCUUGGGGAGCAGCCAAGCCCUUUGCCAACCUCAAGCACCUGGACAACCCACCCGAGUCAGCAGGAUCGGUCAGGAACAACCACUCAGAGCUCUCUCUGGGAUCUUUGAACCAGCAGAAGACCUUGGAACGGAGUCGUGCCCCCAGAAGUCCGGAUGAAGACCUGGAAGGCGUGGAUGAAAAGUUCUUCCAACUGAUUGAACAACUGAAUUCACAGAAGCAGUGGAAGAAAUCGGAAGAUUUGAACCGCAUCACAUUGUACUUCAAGGAGCAAGCCCUUGAGAAGGAGUACCGACUAUCAGCGCUUCCAUCUUUCAACUACUACACGGCUUGCACGUUCUUGGUGUUUAUUUCCAACUUCCUCAUCCAGAUCCUCGUGGCUUGCAAGACAGUUGUGUUGGGGGUCUCCUACGGAAUUUCCUUCUUCCUCUUCGUCCUCCUCCUCCUCACCUGCUUUGCCGGACACCUGGCAAAAUGCUUCCUGAAGGGUCCGAAGGCCCUGUACUGGGUCCCGUCCAUCUCUGCUGCCGUCUGCACCAAGCCGUGGCUCCGUGUCUCCCUGGGAAUCAUCACCAUUCUUGUAGUCCUCACCAUGGCGGUGCUGAAUUUGUUCUUCAUGCCAUAUCCCGGGUGCUCUUGGCAGCGUCAAAAUUUCACCACAGCGGGCGUGAACGUCACACAAGAGUGUGCUAUGAUGGACAGCCUCUACAGUGUGCCAUAUUACAUUUACUGCUGCAUCUUGGGAUUCCUCUCCUGUUCUCUCUUCCUGCACAUGAACUUCGAGCUCAAGCUGACGAUGAUGACUCUCUGCCUUGUGGUCUACAGCGUGCUGUUCCUUCACACCCAUUCGUGGCUCUCCGACUGCUACGUCUUAUGCAUCUAUCCCAACCCAACAGCUCGCUGGCCCAGUGUGCUGAAAGAACCCAAGAUGAUGGGAGCCAUCUCUUUCUUUGUCUUCUUCUUCACGCUUUUGGCGUUGGCUAGGCAGAAUGAGUAUUAUUGCCGCCUGGAUUUCCUCUGGAAAAAGAAGUUCAAGAAAGAGCGCGAGGAGAUUGAGACCAUGGAGAAUCUCAACCGUGUGUUGCUGGAGAAUGUGCUGCCGGCCCAUGUUGCGCAGCUGUUCAUUGGCCAGAGCGUACGCAACGAGCAGGACCUGUACCAUCAGUCCUGCGAAUGCGCCUGCGUGCUUUUUGCCUCCAUCCCGGACUUCAAAGAGUUUUACUCUGAAUCCAACGUCAACCGAGAAGGGCUGGAAUGCCUGCGACUUCUCAACGAGAUCAUUGCUGACUUUGAUGAGCUGCUCCUGAAGCCCAAAUUUAGCGGCGUGGAGAAGAUCAAAACCAUCGGCAGCACGUACAUGGCGGCAACUGGCUUAAAUGUUGCAGCUGGCCAGGACAGCCAGCAGGAAGUGGAGAGGAGCUACGCCCACUUGGGAAUCAUGGUGGAGUUUGCCUUGGCGUUGGCAGCCAAACUAGACAUCAUCAACAAACACUCUUUCAAUAGUUUCAAGCUUCGUGUGGGUAUAAACCACGGGCCAGUUGUGGCUGGAGUGAUAGGAGCGCAGAAACCCCAAUACGAUAUAUGGGGGAACACGGUGAAUGUUGCCAGCAGGAUGGAAAGCACUGGGGUGUUGGGGAAGAUACAGGUCACAGAAGAAACAGCCAAAGCCUUGGAGACUGUGGGUUACCCUUGUUCCCUUCGUGGGAUUAUAAAGGUGAAGGGCAAAGGUCAACUAAGAACAUACUUUGUCUGUACAGAGACUGCUCGAUCUGGUCCACAAGCUCCUCUGCUGAGCUGAGUCCCUGAGAAUGAAACCUUGACAAACAGUAGAUUCUCGAGGAAUUGCUGCAGUCCUUUCCUCCCACCACUUGGGGCAGUAGAGAGGCUCGAUCCUGACAGAACCUCUCUGGUUCUUGAUUCCACACACAUCUUUGUGCUCUGGUUCUCAUGAGCUGUCAAAAGGACUGGGCCUGCAAGAAUGGACUGAAUGCAGAAGAUCGCCUUAAGAGAGUGGGGGAAGAGAGAUCUCUGCGAGCUUGCCCCACCCAUAAAACUGUGUGAGCAAGAGGAAACAGCUGACUAUUAAUUUGCCUGUUUUGAGAGAGGUCCUCCUUCUGCCCCCACUGCAAACAGCAGCCCCUCUGGGUUUUCUGGAUGGAACUUGCCUCUACAUCACCUACCCAAGGAACUUCAGGGGUGCUAAACAGGGUUUUGGUCUGGUCCAGAAGAGCUCUCUGGUCAAGAUCCUCACACGGAUCUUGCUUGAUCCUACUCAGAAGAAUGCUUGUCCAUUCAACAGUGAUUCCUCUAAGCUGCCCUACUUGAUCAUCUUCAUUGCCUCUUCAUCAGUGCCACGAACCUCUGCCUCGCCAUCCUCAGCAGCUGUAUCUUGAUGCCUGGACCCCCCUCCCCUUCUCAUCUGCUGGGCAACUGUAUAAUGAUGGGGUGCUGUGUGGUUUCCGGGCUGUAUGGCCGUGUUCUAGCAGCAUUCUCUCCUGACGUUUCGCCUGCAUCUGUGGCUGGCAUCUUCAGGCAAUACAUUGUAUAAUGAUGUCUUGGAAUCUUCACAAGUUCUCAAACUCUCGAUAGAAGAGCUAGGUAGAGCUGGGCAUUGUUUGGCGAUGUUACCUGCCGCCGGCGUCUAAACACAGAUGUCCUGUAUUGAGCAAGAUAUUUGGGGAGACUGUUGUGAGUCCUAAGGUAGUGCUGACCCAAUGAAGUUUAAGCUUUCGUCAUUGGCAGGAAUUGGGUGCAUAUGGUUGUGCAUAUAUAACACCCAUCUGGUUUGAUCUCGGUAUUGCCUUGCGUUGGAGCUCAAAGCACAAAAAAUGUUGCUUCUUGAGCCAUUUCUAUCUAGGCCAGUUCCUUCCUGUACUCCCCCUUCCUCUUUUGAUUGUGGUUUGAGAGUUUGCAGUCCCACCAAACACCAUCCUGGAAGACUCCAGACCACAACUGAGGUGACUAAACGCUGGAGGCGAAGAAUCGCGAUGCUAAUCUGUUGUGCUCUCGAUCGGUAGGCUUGAGCUCUCAUCUAGGUCAAUUAAGAUUGGGAGACCGGAACAAGCUCAGGAGAACAUUAUAUAGAAUGAGGCCUUGGCCUUCGUAUCUGGAUUUUUCUGUUAAAAAAAAAUACUGGAAAGAUCUUCUGUGACCCCAGAGAGCUGUUGUUGGAUUGAAGAGGCGUAACUCACCCCCUCCCUUGUAUCUAAGGCCCUUUCCGCAGGGGCCAAAAACAGCGUCCUAGGGACGGCAAAAGCUGUUCGCAUAGCGCCGUCCUCGCUCCCCCCCAGCAGCGCGAAGCCACCAUUUUCUCACCUCGCUCCGUGAGCGAGGUUGUUGCGAAGGGACGGCUUCCCGUCGGCGCGGUGCGAACUGCACCACAGGGAAGCCGCCCCUUUCCCCAUUGCUCCCACUCACUUGCCUCUCCAGCGUCGUUCUGGAGGACUGCAGGGACCUGCCUCCAGGGGUCGGAGGGCAAUGUGGGCGGGUCCCUGCAGCCCUCC